AAAAACAUGCGCGCGUAACCUUGUGGUACUGUCAGUAGUGUUGUCAAAUGAGCUCGAGAAAAAUACUGUUGUUAAACCCUUAUUUGAUGAUAUAUUUUCCGGUCAGCAUUAUUCGGAAGUCAUGAGCAAAUAUAUAUUACCAUUUUCUGUUUUUGGAACAGUGUUUGGAGCUGCUGUUUUACUGAAGAACCAUGUAACCGGAGGCCCUUGUCCCAGUAAGGCUACCAUCAAGGGGAAGACUGUGGUUAUAACAGGAGCAAACACAGGCAUUGGGAAAGAGACUGCCCGGGAACUGGCCAAGAGAGGGGGUCGGAUCAUUAUGGGAUGUCGGGACAUGGAGAAAUGCGAGACAGCAGCAAAGGAAAUAAGAGGGAAGACCCUGAAUCCUCACGUUUAUGCGUGUCAACUCGACCUGGCCUCCGUGAAGUCCAUCCGAGAGUUUGCAGAGAGAAUCAAACAAGAGGAGGAGCGUGUGGAUGUACUCAUAAACAAUGCAGGGGUCAUGAGAUGUCCAGCAGGGAAGACGGAAGAUGGCUUCGACAUGCAGUUUGGAGUUAACCACUUAGGCCAUUUCUUGUUGACAAAUCUUCUGCUGGAUAAGUUGAAAGAGUCCGCCCCCAGCAGAGUGAUCAACCUGGCCUCACUCGCCCACAUUGUUGGAAAGAUUGACUUUGAGGACUUGAACUGGGAGAAAAAGAAGUUUGAUACCAAGCAGGCGUACUGUCAGAGCAAGCUUGCCAAUGUUCUGUUCACCAGAGAGCUCGCCAAGCGAUUACAAGGCACAGGAAUCACGGUCAACGCUGUGCAUCCAGGCGUUGUUGCCACGGAGCUGGGGAGGCACACUGGUCUGCACCAAUCACAGUUCUCCAGCUCUGUGCUCAGUCCCUUUUUCUCCCUGUUGGUGAAGAGCCCAGAGCUGGGGGCCCAGCCUAGCGUCUACCUGGCAGUGUCCGAGGAGAUGGAGGGGGUGACGGGAAGGUACUAUGAUGUGAUGACAGAAAAGGAACCGGCGCCCCUGGCCCUGGAUGAGGAGGCAGCUCGCAGGCUGUGGGAGGUCAGCAGCAGGCUGGUGGGUCUGGAGGAAGAAGGACAAUCUGGCAAGUCAAACCCAGCAACAGAAGUCCAGAGCAAAGCUGCACAGACAGUCCCAGUGCCGAGGCACUGACAAAGCCCAGGACCAGCUGUCAGUGCCUGCUCUGGCCUCUGCACCAGCAGGGGAUAAUGGACCUUUAUGGCUUGAGCUGUGCCAGGCUCAUUGGAACAAUUAACUGUCUGAGUCUGUGAGUCUUGUUGUCUGUAUUAAGGCAGUCUUUUGUACAUGCCUUUAUGUUCCUGCAUCAGGAUAUUUUCUUUAAAAAGUUUAACAAGCAGCCUUUGACAAUGGACUAUUUUUUCUCUCUCUGUACAGUAAUUACAGAAGCUGGAAUUCUUAUCCAUAUUUACUGUAAGUUCACAUGGAGAGUACUGGAAAUGGGUUUUAGUGUUGUAGAUUCAAGCAGAAAAUGCUGACAGAUAGCGCCAUCUGGCUGCUAGCAUCAAAAUACCGACUUGUAGUUUACCCUUUUUUAUUUGUUUGAUUUGUGUCAAUAUUGCAUGAUAAUUCAGUGCAGAUUUCAUUAGACUGCAAUGCAAUCAGUCAGAACUUACAACUACCCAUACAUCACAAUGAAAUUAAUAAAAGCAGACAAUGCAAAUCUA